AUGUCAUCGUCUCUCUCGGCAUCGGCAUCGGCAGCUUCUUCCAUCCUCCUCCAUACCUUGUUGGUCCUCACGACCCUACUUCUCCUUGCCGCCGCCACGGUCUCAGUCUCCACCACGGCAUUUGUCCCGGUGGACGACGACAUGAACACGACCAUGUUUACCAACAACGGGUCGUCGAUGACGACAACGAUGACGACUCUGAGUGCUGAGAACUGGGAGAUGUACUACUGCUUUCUGUGCACGGAGCAGCACCCACUGCUGAUUCACUACUGCCCCAUCUAUUGGGACGAGUGCCACCUCAACUGCUGGGAUGUCGUCCCCCACGAGGCGCCGCCGUCAUCGACCUGCGAUGGCAUCGCCUCGUGCUUCUUCACCUGCGGCGGUGGGGAGCUAGACAAUCAGAAAGGCGCCAUGGCCACCACGGUGCCGGCGACGACGAUCCAGGGGAGCUUUGUGCCUUUCGAGUUGUGCAAUACAGAGCUGGUCUUUUCUCCGCCAUUCAUAGCUGCUGGUGCACGCCAUUGA